UUCACGGGCCACUCUCGAACCGCACGCUCUACGCGUUUACGCCAAACGAACACGUUUCGACGGAUUACGAUUAUUCUUAUUUAUAAUUAUCAUUAUUAUUAUUAUUAUUAUAUUUUUUUAUCGAUUCUUUCGCGCAACGAGAGCUAGACGGGUUUUUGGAUAUUAUAUUAAAAUAAAUGUAUAAAUUAUUAUUUUUUUUAACUGAAUAACUGUACUAUAGAAAAAUAAAAAAAGUUACUAAAAAAAUAUAAAUACGAAUAAUAUGUACUAUCAUAACGGUUUAAUUUGUUUUCAUCGCAUCGGUAUAUCGUUGACGGACAUGUAUGUUUUUUAAACAGACCCGAGUGCACGCCGCGUUCCAACCGGCCGUGGUCGUUAUCAGUUGCCCGUCGGCUCAACACGCCGGAUUACCGGCGUAUGCGUCUAUUACCGGCAAGUCCGUAUUUCGUGCGCCGAUCACAACUGCUCGCAAAAACGCAUACACAAUACACGUUGCCGUGGUGUCGACUGACGUACAAAAAACCGACUUGACGACAACGGCACGACUCAGCGAUCCGCCGCCUAUACUUAUGAUUAUUUUUUUCGUCGACACCACAACUAAACAAUAUACGCCGGCGCCAGAUUUGUCGGCAUGAAAACCGACAAAGACCGUCUCACAGGUACGUCCAAGCAGUUUUAUCAAAAUCGGCGUGACGACCGCGUGCCCUAAGUGCUUGAUCGACAAUGAUAAGCGGUGUUUUGUUGAUGGUGGCUGUAAUAUCAGGCAUAGUGUGCGGCGAUACGCCGAGACCGUCGGGCGCUCGAGCAGCGUUCAAAGACGUUGACAAAGCGGAGAGACAUUUGCUGGCCGCGCUGGGCAUGAAGCGCCGACCUGUGGUGGAUAAGUCUAAGGUGGAGAUACCGGCCGCCAUGUUGGAGCUGUACAACAUGCAGGCGUCCAACGAGUUCGACACCACCGGAUUACCUUUGCCUGGACGUCACGUCAAGUCGGCGAACACCGCCAGGACGUAUCUUCACCGAGAAUCGGAACCAAAAAAUCCUAAGUGCCGAAAAUAUCGUUUGCAGUUUGCUGUAGACCCGUUACCGGAAGGGGAAUGGCUGACAGCGGCUGAACUGAGGCUAAUGCCACUAACCCGCCGGCCGCAAGGCCAUCCGACCCGCGUGCAAGUGCUCGUCCACGACAUCGUCCAGCCUGGCGUUCGGGGCGUAUCCAAACCUGUGCUGCGGCUUUUGGACUCGCAGUACGUAGACCUCGAGGAGAACGGUGACCAAGCCGUUACGCUGGACGUAACGCCCGCCCUUGAAAGGUGGUCGCAGCAACAUCAACACGACAAGGCCCGAUGGGCGGACGUCAACCACGGCCUGUUGGUGGAGACGCUGACGGGCGGCGGCGGCCGAGCGCCCAUACCCGGCACGUUCGAGCUGCGGGCAGGAAACAGGCCUGCCCUGCUGGUGUACUCGGACGACGGCAAAAAUAGCAGGCCGGUGGGACCGCCUCGGCGGAAGCGGUCGGCGUCUCAGCAGCAGCGGAGCGGCAACAAGCGGCGAAAAGACGGCGGCGCAGGCCGCAAUAUAUGCCAGAGGCAUCCGCUGUACGUGGACUUCACGGACGUCGGCUGGGAUGACUGGAUCGUCGCGCCGCCCGGUUACGACGCAUACUAUUGUCAAGGCGACUGCCCGUUCCCGGUCGCCGAACACCUUAACACCACCAACCACGCCAUCGUGCAAACGCUGGUCAACUCGAUGAACCCGACCGCAGUGCCCAAAGCGUGUUGCGUGCCCACCCAGUUGGCGUCCAUAUCCAUGUUAUACCUGGACGAGGAUAACAAGGUAGUGCUCAAGAACUAUCAGGACAUGCAAGUACUGGGUUGCGGGUGCAGGUAGUCCGCCGCCGCGGCUGUCACCACCGUCGUACACCAAACACACAAACACACACACACACAGCGUCGCCCAAAGAUAUUAUAUUAUUAUUAAUUUUUUUUUUACUAUUAUUUUUAUACGCCUCUUGAUACGAGAUGGGGUUUCUUUAUAUAUAUUUUUUUUGUUCAUUUUCAUUCGAAGGUUUUUACAAAAAUGAUUUAUUGUGAUCAUUAUUAUAAUUAUUAUUAUAUACAUUUGACAAAUAAAAUCGAAUGCUCUCGAAACCGCUGAAACGGGCGUGGACUCAAUGAUCUUUAUGUUAAGUGAAGAAACUCGGAUUCCUCUUUUAAGUCACCUCCCUCCCCUUUCCUCCCCUCGCCCCCACAUAUAAACUGUGUCCUCCAAUUAAAUUAAUCAUAAAAUACUCCUCUUUUUGUGUUAUACCUGUAUAUUAUUUUAGCUUUUUGUACACCGACCAGUGAACAUUAUUAUAUUGUUUUGUAAAUCAUGGUCAUAAACUAGUCUUUUAUAUUUAUAAUAAUGAUAAUAAUAUUCAUAAAUCCCUCCUCUUUUUUAUUAAUCAAAAACCGACCAAAAUACCUUAUACAGUUUUGUUAUAUUAUACUUGAAUUUUGUUUGUUUAUUUAUUUUUAUUAAAUUUUUGACUUGCCUUGAUAUAUGUUACCAUAAUAUUAUUAUUCGUGUAGAGUUAGACCCGUGUUUUUAUUCCACGAGCUUUGAGUAAAAAUAGAAAAUCAAAUUAUUGAUAAUAAAAGAGAGAUUUCAAAAUGAUGUCUAUGCAUACUUCAAAAAAAUGUAUCCUACUACUAUUUUUUUCU